UGACCUCACGCUGUGUCAGUGUUCCCUCCUGCAGACUGAUCCAGAAGUUCAGUUUAGACCUGCUUCUCCACAGUGAACACUACAGAGACAUUACCAGCACUAAACUACAAACUACAAACGUUUAACCACAAGAGGAAAACACACUACUCCAACUGAGAAAACCUGAAGACAAAAGGCUCAGAACAGAAAAGAAAGAAAAACAAAGCCAGAAUAAGUGAAACCAGCUCACCUUAUUUGUCUGAACAGAGACUGAUAUCUGAUUCAAGUAACAUGGAUAAAGAAGCAGAGAACAUGGACAAAAUCUCCAGCUCUCCUGCGUUCUCCAUAAACUCAAAGACCGUUGAGAAUACUGUUAAGACACUGCGGUCCUCUGAGAAGAAGAAGUGGAAGAGGUGUUUCAGUGGAUGGCAGAGGAAAAAGAUUCAGGUAGCUCCACUUGAAGAUUUGGAUCAGGAAGAGAUGAGCAGUUCUUCAACUCACUGCUCAUGCGCUGUUGCGGGCAAAAUCUCCAGCUCUCCUGCGUUCUCCAGAAACUCAGAGACCGCUGAGAAUACCAACAUCCCUGUAUCAGGAACCAGUGAUCAGACCUCUGAGGAUCUUGAUGAUCUGAUGCACUGCGAUGACAUGUUUGAUGACAAAGAGAUCACUUGCCCUAGCAUCCAUCCCAUCAUCAGCGAGGAGAGCAUAUCAACGUGUUCCUCUUCUUGGUCUUCCAUGAGCAUUGACAACAUCUCAACAAGUUCUGCCUCCUGUGUCUCUUCUUCCUCCACCAUCAGCAUCACUGCCAUCACAGAGGCAGGCAAAAUGCUCGUCUCCUACGUGAUUGACGAGGCUGUCAAGGCACUGCAGUCCACCGAUGCUGCAAAGACACUGCAGUCCACUGAGGCUGUCAAAACACCGCAGUCCACUGAGGCUGUGAAGACACCCCAGUCCACUGAGGCUUUAAUGAUGUCGCAGUCCACUGAAGCUCUCUUGACACAGCAAUCCACUGAGGUAGUGAAUACGCUGCAGUCCACUGAGGCUGUUAAGACACCACAGUGCACUGAGGCUGUAAAGACACUGCAGUCCAGUGAGGCUGUGAAGACACCGCAGUCCACUGAGGCUGUGAAGACACCCCAGUCCACUGAGGCUUUAAUGAUGUCGCAGUCCACUGAAGCUCUCUUGACACAGCAAUCCACUGAGGUAGUGAAUACGCUGCAGUCCACUGAGGCUGUUAAGACACCACAGUGCAGUGAGGCUUUAAAGACACUGCAGUCCAGUGAGGCUGUAAAGACAUUGCAGUCCACUGAGAAGAAGAAGUGGAAGAGGUGUUUCAGUGGAUGGCAGAGAAAAAAUAAUAAGGUAGCUCCACAUGAAGAUUUGGAUCAGGAAGACGUAAGCAAUUCUUUAACUCUUCAGUCCAUCAACCAGGACAAAGAAACCUUCAGCCAGACGUCUGUGGACUCCUCUCGGCCUGUUGCAGAGACCAAGGCAAAAAAGAGCAACUGCUUCUUACGCUUCUUCCACAAUAUCUUCUCAAAGAAUGAGAAGAAGAUGAAGAAGGAGGAGGAGAAAAAGACGAAGCAACCUCCUUUUUGGAAAUGGCAGUUGUGCAGAAGUUGUCUUGACAUGUAAAGAUAAUAACGUCACACCAUUUGUCUUUCUCUUAAACCCCCACUCCAUCCCUGCCCCCUAUUCCCUACUCCCCCCCCCCCAAAACCUUCUUGCCCCCUCAAUGCCCCUCAUUUUCUUAUCCCCCAACCCUGCCUCCUCCAUGCUUCUCCACAACCCCUACCCCUUCUCUAAAUGCUUUCUGUAAAACUACUAAUUGGCUUUAACAAACAUUUAAAAAUAAAGGCAGAGGAUUUUAGACAUAUCUGGACCACCGACACAGGAUCCAUCAGGUCAGAGGAGAGCAUGACAUUUGCUCCUGUGUCUCUUCUUCCUCCACCAACAGUGCCAUCACUGAGCAGGCCAACUGCUCGUCUCCCAUGUGAUUGAUGAAGCUCAAAAGAUACUGCAGUCCACUGAGGCUGUCAAGACACCAACCCUCCACCCUCACUCCCACCUUCUUUUCCCUAUAUCCCCCCAUUUUCUCAACCUCCUCCUCAUUUUCUCAACCCUCCACCCUCACUCCCACCUUCUUUCCCCUAUAUCCCCCCCAUUUUCUCAACCUCCUCCUCAUUUUCUCAACCUCCUCCUCAUUUACUCAACCCUCCACCCUCACUCCCACCUUCUUUCCCCUAUAUCCCCCCCAUUUUCUCAACCUCCUCCUCAUUUUCUCAACCUCCUCCUCAUUUUCUCAACCCUCCACCCUCACUCCCACCUUCUUUCCCCUAUAUCCCCCCAUUUUCUCAACCUCCUCCUCAUUUUCUCAACCCUCCCCCCUCACUCCCACCUUCUUUCCCCUAUAUCCCCCCAUUUUCUCAACCUCCUCCUCAUUUUCUCAACCCUCCACCCUCACUCCCACCUUCUUCUCCCUAUAUCCCCCACAUUUUCUCAACCUCCUCCUCAUUUUCUCAACCCUCCACCUCCAUGUCUCUCUACCUCCCCUUCUUUCUGUCCACCUCUUCACCUAAACCUCUUUAGAAUAAAUAUUUAUAAAUUUG